GCCCCUUCCUACAAAGCAUCGUCUUCGAAGCAGGAUCCCGUUUGCGGUGGUCUUCCUGCCAGCAGUGGGAACACAUCGCCCUCUAUGCAGGGAGAGGCCAUGCUACUGCGUGCCACGGAUGCCAAUUUAACCGUCAAGGUGCGCACGCUCCGGUCCGCUAUAGGUUGUCAACUCCCCACCCAGUCAAUCGCAACCGCUGCCAACUCUGGUGGCUACGCAGCAGCCCCGCAGUGCAAGGGUGGUGUUUUCCACAUGCAAGUCGGUCUCACACAGCAACAGCGAGCGACGCUGAAAGAUGCUCUCCAGUCUCGAUGCACCGAGAACAUUAUCAAGCGAUGUUGGGUGUGGUAUGACGCUCUCAUGUUCAGUCGACGAUUACAGCAACUGGCUGCCAGCAACGACCGAAAAGAUAUCCUGGCUAUGGAUGGCAACGCCAAGUUCUGCCGCUUCCCCAAACUGGCCACUUCCUUCUUCGCGGCUGUGCCUGCCGACCUCACGGAGCAUCGAGCAGAGCAGAUCGGAGCGCACCGCUUGAAGCGUGCUUUGCACCACGAAGAUGACGUGUGUCAUCUGGAGGUGCGCAUGCAAGGAACGUACGGAUGGCAGCCCGCUUGCACCGUCGCAGAGGAACAAUUGCAGAACUAUUUCGCGCGCAGAGCGCAUGAUCGCAUAUCCCUUCGCCGGGACAAUGGGGCUCGCCAACGAGCAAUGAGGUGGCAGCCGCGUAGGCAGCGCUCUUUCCUGUCUUCGUGGAGCUCCGCGGGUCCCCGCAGUUCUUCUGCGUGUAAGACCCACAAAGAGACUGAGGAUCAUGUGGCGGCGGCGGCCCGCACGGCCGGCUUCCUCAUGGCGAUCAGCGAGAGUGGCCUUGUGGUGCACAUCGAUGAAAUCAUCGGUGCCGAGUCCCUCUCCCAGCGGUACCGCUUCUUGAGCGUUGUCGCCGAUCGGAUGCCAGACUUGCGGUGCAUCGUGCACGAUGAUGCAUGUCACCUUGCACAGAUGGCGGCAUUACAAAAAGGGACUUCGGCCCUCAGCCAACGCCUGGCAAAUCUGCGUUUUGUCGUCGAUGAGUUCCACUCGACUGCUCAUGUGGGCCAGUGGUGCAAGGAGAACUGCCUUCCUGGACUCCCGCAGAAUCAGGCAGUGCUCGAUAACUUUCCCACGUCCAUGGCUGAGUCAGUGAACCACAAUUUUUCGCCAUUCGGGCACACCAUACACCAUAUGGGGCCAUAUUUGGCUAAAUUCUUCGCAGCAGAAAUGGCCGACAUUCACAACAUCAAGUUGCUGCAGAUUGCCCGCGAUAAGGCUCAGGUUGCAGAGAGGAUCCUUGACUCAAUCUAUCCUUCUCUUGCAAGCGCACUCUGA